AGCAGGGAGCCCGAUGUGGGACUCGAUCCCAGGACCCUGAGAUCAUGACCUGAGCUGAAGGCAGACGCUUAACCAUCUGAGCCACCCAGGCACCCAGCAAUGGAUUUCAAUACCAGAAUGUAACUCUCAUUUGAAGAUAAAGUGAGAACAAGUACUUGGGUUAGAGCUAAAGAAAUUUGUGCUUAUGAACAAUAACUAAACAAUUGAGAGGCUCAUAAACACACUGCUUGGCAAACUGGAAGGUUAUUUGGUUUAAAAUGUUACUGAUUUUGUAAUAACUUUGGUGACAGAUGGUAACUACACUUACGGAGGUGAGCAUUUAAAAUUUUUUAUUUUAUUUAUUUUUUUACUGAUUUUGGAAGAAACAAAUUUAAAGAGAAAUAUGGAGACUCUUGUCCCCAAACAUUUUGGUAAUAAUCAAGAAAAAAUUAGAAAAUGUAAGUGAUGACUUCAUUUCUGGAUUUUCUUACAAUUUUCUUUUUUUGGGGGGGAACAAAUUUGUUAGCAAUUCCCACCCAUUUUUUGGAUAAAAGAACAGGUAAUUACCUAGGAGACCAACCACCAAAGGAACAAUGCUUGACACUGGAUUUCAUGUAUAAGUACGUGGCAGAAAUACACAUAGAUGAAGAAAGAAAGGAGAAGAACAGCAGAAUGGAACACAGGUUGUCCCUGACGAUAAUUAUUUUCCAAAAGAAGAGAAAUAACCAUCAGGCUCUACGAUGACAACGUAUUUGGAAUUCAUCCAACAAAAUGAAGAACGAGAUGGAGUCCGAUUUAGUUGGAAUGUUUGGCCAUCAAGUCGACUGGAAGCUACAAGGAUGGUCGUUCCAGUAGCAGCCCUAUUUACACCCCUGAAGGAGAGACCUGAUUUACCACCUAUUCAGUAUGAACCUGUUCUGUGUAGUAGGACCACUUGCCGUGCAGUUCUGAAUCCUUUAUGUCAGGUGGAUUAUCGAGCAAAACUCUGGGCUUGCAACUUUUGUUAUCAAAGGAAUCAGUUUCCACCUACUUAUGCUGGUAUAUCUGAACUGAAUCAACCUGCUGAGCUUUUACCUCAGUUUUCUAGUAUUGAAUAUGUAGUUUUGCGUGGUCCUCAGAUGCCUUUGAUAUUCCUCUAUGUGGUUGAUACUUGCAUGGAAGAUGAAGAUUUACAAGCUCUGAAAGAAUCUAUGCAGAUGUCAUUAAGUCUUUUACCACCUACAGCUUUGGUUGGACUUAUUACUUUUGGGAGAAUGGUACAGGUUCAUGAACUUGGAUGUGAGGGCAUUUCAAAAAGCUAUGUGUUCAGAGGAACAAAAGAUCUGUCUGCCAAACAACUGCAGGAAAUGCUCGGACUCUCUAAAGUACCCGUUACUCAAGCAACACGUGGUCCUCAGGUACAGCAGCCACCUCCUUCCAACAGAUUCUUACAGCCAGUACAGAAAAUAGACAUGAAUCUCACAGAUCUUCUGGGAGAACUGCAACGAGACCCUUGGCCUGUACCACAGGGAAAGAGACCUUUGCGUUCCUCUGGAGUGGCACUUUCCAUAGCUGUGGGACUACUUGAGUGUACUUUUCCCAACACUGGUGCUCGUAUCAUGAUGUUCAUUGGCGGUCCAGCCACUCAGGGGCCUGGAAUGGUGGUUGGAGAUGAAUUGAAGACACCUAUAAGAUCAUGGCAUGACAUUGAAAAAGACAACGCCAAAUAUGUUAAAAAGGGAACUAAGCAUUUUGAAGCAUUGGCUAAUCGAGCUGCUACGACUGGUCAUGUUAUUGAUAUCUAUGCAUGUGCAUUAGAUCAGACAGGUCUCCUGGAGAUGAAAUGUUGUCCCAACCUUACUGGAGGAUACAUGGUAAUGGGUGACUCUUUCAACACUUCCUUAUUCAAGCAGACUUUCCAAAGAGUCUUUACCAAAGAUAUGCAUGGACAGUUUAAAAUGGGCUUUGGUGGUACAUUAGAAAUAAAGACCUCAAGGGAAAUAAAGAUUUCAGGAGCUAUUGGACCCUGUGUGUCUCUCAAUUCUAAAGGACCUUGUGUAUCUGAAAAUGAAAUAGGAACAGGUGGCACUUGUCAGUGGAAGAUAUGUGGACUCAGCCCCACUACAACCUUAGCUAUAUAUUUUGAGGUUGUCAAUCAGCAUAAUGCUCCAAUUCCUCAAGGAGGGCGUGGUGCAAUCCAGUUUGUGACUCAGUAUCAGCAUUCAAGUGGGCAGAGACGCAUCCGAGUGACCACCAUCGCUAGGAACUGGGCAGAUGCUCAAACUCAAAUCCAAAACAUUGCUGCGUCUUUUGACCAGGAGGCAGCUGCCAUUCUUAUGGCCCGGCUGGCAAUCUAUAGAGCAGAAACAGAGGAAGGACCAGAUGUACUUAGAUGGCUAGACAGACAGCUCAUUCGACUGUGUCAGAAAUUUGGAGAGUAUCACAAAGAUGAUCCAAGUUCCUUCAGAUUUUCAGAAACUUUCUCCCUUUAUCCACAGUUUAUGUUUCAUUUAAGAAGAUCUCCUUUCUUACAAGUUUUUAACAAUAGUCCUGAUGAGAGUUCAUAUUAUCGUCACCAUUUUAUGCGUCAAGAUUUGACCCAGUCCCUAAUUAUGAUACAGCCUAUUCUGUAUGCAUAUUCUUUUAGUGGACCCCCAGAGCCGGUUCUUCUUGAUAGCAGCAGCAUUCUUGUGGAUCGCAUUCUUCUCAUGGACACGUUCUUCCAGAUUUUGAUUUAUCAUGGUGAGACCAUUGCACAGUGGCGCAAGUCAGGAUACCAGGACAUGCCAGAAUAUGAAAAUUUCCGCCAUCUUCUACAAGCCCCUGUGGAUGAUGCACAGGAGAUUCUUCACUCCAGAUUUCCAAUGCCAAGAUACAUUGACACUGAACAUGGAGGUAGCCAGGCCCGUUUCCUGCUUUCGAAAGUCAACCCUUCCCAGACUCAUAAUAAUAUGUAUGCCUGGGGACAGGAAUCUGGAGCACCUAUUCUCACAGAUGAUGUUAGUUUACAAGUGUUUAUGGAUCACUUGAAGAAACUUGCUGUGUCAAGUGCUGCUUGAAGUGCUAAACAUUUUAAGGACACUUAAGAAGAUGAAAUAUUUCAAUUUCAUUUUUUUCCUUUUUCAGUUUAUCUGUGGAAACUAACAGAGGUAUCUCUCUAGACUAUUAGUAUUAGUAUGGUUUGAGACAACAUGUGGAAAAAUGUUCACAUUUGUAGAUUAAGCUGGAAUAUAAGAGCAAUAAGAACAAAUUUAUUUUGUUUGCCACAGUAUUAUGACUGGUUUUAGAAAUCUGAGGUCUUUAUAACUUAAUUAUGUUAAAGAGUAAAAAGAGAGUUGGCCUUGUACUACAGAGAUGUAACUUGUUUGUAUAUUGCAGAAAAAUCCAAAGUGGCACUGAAUGUCCUUGCUGACUUUUUGAAAACUUGUUUCUUGAUUUUAACCAGAAAGUGAACAAAAUCAUCAACAGUAAUGAUAAAUGUGAACAUUUUUGCCUGUUCAUUGAAAUAUAUCCGUGAUUUUCAAGCACUUAUGCGUAUACUUUUUCUGUACUUAUUCUGUUAAGGCAGAUUUAUUUUUAUGAUGAUUUGCUUAGGAAUUAUUUGACUUUAUAUGAGGUAAUUUUCACAAAGAUAAUUUAAUGUUUUUGGUCAUUUGGAAAAAUAGUUUAGAGAUGAAAAAUUUCUGGGGUAGCAGUUCCAUAACAGACAAAAAAUGUGAAAUUCCCAUAAAGUACCCAACUUACAUCAUUAGACGAUAAUUUUUUUUAAAAAGGGUGAUAUCACGAAAAGAAACCAUUUUGUCAUAAUGUAUUUUAGGAAGUCUGCAGUAAAAUAACUGUUGUCACUACUAAACCAAAAUUGAUUUUUACUGCAUGGUUAUGUUGUUUUCCCUUGUUUUCUGAGGUAAAUUUUACGUAUAUCCUUCAGUAUUUUAACACUAUUUUGGGAGUUUACAUAUUUUUAUUUUUGCUUCCAUUUUGUGAAAUGUAUUAAGUUCUUAUUGAAACAGUAUUAUAUUUUGUUGAAUGAUAUCAUGUGGUGAUGCUCAGUUUUAUUUUGAUUUAUUCAUUAGUAUCAUUCACUUUUACCUUUUAAAGUUUACUUGUAGCAAAUGUUUACAUUGCUAAAGCCAGAUGUUUGACAAUGAAAUUUAUACCAAGUACUGCAAAUAAAAGGUGGUGCUAUGAUAAAUGCUUAGAAGGACAGUUUGAUGAUUGUACUUGCAUGAACAAAUCAUAUGAUAAAACAGAAAUUUAAAAAAAUUGUUUAUAUGUUAUAUUCAGUUAAAUAAAUUGCUCUGUUCCAUUUUAUUUGAAAUGAACUGUGCUAGGCCUAAAUACCAAUAAAAUAUACUUUUUCUGUGUUUUCCUGCUUAUUUUGAAGUCUAGUAAAG